UGCAAGCUCGAGUGGGAAAGAGGUCCUGUUCAUGGAACGAGCAGGAGCGGGCAAGACCAGCAUGUGGUCCAUCAUCUUCGCAAAUUACCUUAGAACUACGAGAAGCCCCUUCCAGGCCUCCAACUUUGUGGAGCACAGUCAUCUGAGGUUCCUCGGCAAUGUGACCUUGCCCUUGUGGGACUACGGAGCACCGGACGUCUUCAUGGAGAACUAUUUCGAGAGCCAGAAGGACCACAUUACCCGCAAUGCA